GAAACGCGGCUGCCCUUUCCCUUGUCAGCAAUCGCCAUCGCCAUCCACGUCCAAGCGUCAUUCUCGUCUUCCAAACAUUUUCCUCCGAUACAUCUCUUUGCGCCACUUGAGCGACUUCAUACUCCUUCGACGUUGUCUUUCUACACUUCCAGAUCGCAAACAUGGGCUGGUUCUGGGCAGAUGCGACAGCUGCGCAAACGCCACUCCCUCCAUCACAUCCUUCGAGAUUAGAUGCUCAACCACCGCCAUCAUGUCCGAUGCACAACAAGAUGCCCCCCAAGCCCUCAUCACAAUCACAGACCGAGCGACCGAGCGCCUGUCCCGUCAAACACUCCAGAGCAUCGACAACACCCGCCGCCAUGAACCCAUCUUCGUCUGCGCAACCGCCACAACCCACGAGCACGACACCCUCAUACAUUUCCAAACUUAACCCUCUAAACUACAUGCCCUCGAACCUUGCCAAUACUCGCGAACACUCCGAACAAACCAUCUCACUCCCCCUCGAGCGCGAAGCCUCCACCAUUCCGCGCGGCGAUGGCCAAGGAACCUGGGAAUACCCUUCCCCGCAACAAAUGUACAACGCCAUGCUGCGAAAAGGCUACACCGACACUCCCGCCGAACACGUCGAAAGCAUGGUCGCAGUACACAAUUUCCUCAACGAAGGCGCAUGGGAAGAGAUUCGAGGCUGGGAAGAUCGCUUUCAUGCAGGACUAGGCCGUGGCUGGGAGCUAUGCAGUCGAGGAGAAGAAGGGUACGAAAAACAUGCGAGAUUGGAAGCUUUGCGAGUGAGAGGACGGGAGGCCGAGCUCUUGAACCAUGAACCGGAUUUGAUUCGAUUUGAAGGGAGACCGGGUGAUAUGACGCCCAAGGCGAGGAUGCUGAGUUUCAUGGCGAAGGUUUGGCCGAGCGAAUUUCCGGAUAACCCGCCGUUUGAUCGGCAUGAUUGGUUUGUGAGGAGGAAGAUUCCUGGUGGGAAGGAGAAGGAAGUGAGAUAUGUCAUUGACUAUUAUUCUGGGCCGCCGGAGCCGACAGGCGAACCGGUGUUCUAUUUGGAUGUUAGGCCUGCGGUAGAUGGGCCAACCUCUGCGGCGGAGAGGCUGAUGAGAUGGGGCGGAGAUGUGUGGUGGAGGGCUAGUGGGGGUGUGGUGAGAGAGGAACUGGCGCGGCAGAAGAAAUAAAGAGGCGGUGUGAGUAUUGUGGAUCUUCUCAAGGUGUUUGUUUGAUUUGAUGGCGAUGGUGAUCAUGGGCAGCGCGGAGUCUGGCGUUUCUGGAAUUGUUUCACCAUGCGGCUUACCAUACUCAGCUCAGGCGUGUAUUUCUGUACAGAUGAUAGUACAUAAUGAAGACGAAGUUACGGCUUGCAGCCAUCUGGCACUCUUAUGAC